AUGCUGCAGGUCGUCGACCCCAAGUACGACUUCAACACAGCCGAGAUCGGGAGGCACCUUUACCCUAAGCAGAAGGCCACCAUCGCUAGGGAGUUGCUGGAGGUGCUGGGCUUUCCGCACCCCCUCGCCCAUGGGCACGUCACCGGCACCCUUGCAGAGUUGAGAGAGACGCUAGCGACCACCAUCUACUUCCGUGAAUACACCGAGAACGUGAAGUUGUUUCACGAGCGCGCGCGCGGGAACCAGGAUGUCUUGGCGAAGCAAAAGUCAGCCACGACGGCCUUGAACCACGUCUUUUCGGAGCUCGGGCUGCAGCUCGAGGCCAUGCAAAACGGCCGAGAGCCACGAACCGCAGAGGGGCGCAGGGGUUCUCGCAUGUAUGGGGGGUGGAAGCUGCUGCGGGCGCCAAAGGAGCGCACACGGCCGGUCGUUGGACCGGUGGGGGUCGACCUCAUGGCCCAGCUCUUGAAGUUGCGCGUGGAGGAUUCGGCCGUCUUGAAGUCGCGGAUCCAGGGGCCAUUGAGAGAGUAUGUUGACGGGGUUCCUUUUAGGUGGCCAACAAUGCAUGCCAAUGCGUCAGAAAUCUGCGGCAAGAGCUUCGCAUCAAAGCAAGCCCUCGAAGGCCAUCGCGGGCGCAAGGGGUGCACGCCAGCAAAGCUUCCGAGCGAUCGUGCAUACUCAAAGUACCAUGGCUUGGAGCCCGGAGCUGCCCAUGCGCUGAAGCGCCAGAGCAACACCGCAGCAGUCUCAAAAUACAGGCACACCUUGGACGGGAAGCGCGCCGUCUUCCGCGCGCGGCACAUAUCGAAGCUUCGAAGCAUGGUCAUCGACGCCGUGCCUGCUCCACCAAUGCCAAAGGCGCCAAAUUUUGUGAGGCCGCCCAUAUCGUGGCUCAUUGCCGACGCCCAGCUCCUCCCAUUCGAAGUUCCGGAGCUCUUCGAAAGCGGCAAGACUGGCCUGAGCCACAAGACGUGGAGCCUCAAGUACCAUCCUGACAAGGUCGAGGUAUGCAUUCAUGACUUCACAUCGCUUUGA